AAGUAUUGUUUCAGAAAAUGUCAAUGAAAUUAAUAAUUAGAUUCUUGUCCUAUAUAGCCUAGUAACGUUGAUGUAUAGCAAGUGUAAGUUAUUUGUGAAGAGCAAACAAACUGUAGAUUCCACACAAUAUUUUAUUUCUUUGACAUACUGAUAUCAUUUUAUGAGAAAAGGAUGUUUUUGAUCAGAGCAAUCCCUCGUGUUGCUGCCAGCAAGUUCAAUUUCUUGUCUCGCACAUGUUCAGCUUCUGCCAGUGAACGGGAGGUGAUUGGAUGCCGAGAAGUUGUAGGAUUUGGGCGAAACGGUUCCCUUCAAUACACUGACCGCCCAGAUUUCCCUUUUCCAUCGAUCAGGUUCUUGGCCGAAAAUCCAUACUUACAAGCACUAAGGGAAAAAGAGAAGGGAGAUUGGAAUUCACUGAGUAUUGAUGAAAAGAAAUGUCUUUACAGAGCUAGCUUCUGCCAAACAUUUUCUGAAAUGUCAGCACCAACAGGAGAAUGGAAAAGUGUUAUGGGCUGGACUCUAAUAUGGCUAGCUUCAUCUAUUUGGUUUGCCAUGUUUAUUAAAAAAUUUGUUAUGUUGCCGGAAUUGCCACCAACAUUUGAACUGGAACGACGGCAAGCACAACUGCAAAGAAUGAUAGACAUUGGUAAUAAUCCUAUUGAAGGUAUUGCUUCAAAAUGGGAUUACGAAAAGAAUGACUGGAAAAAAUAAAAUAAAACAAAUUUGUUGCAGUUACAAAAGAAAAACAAUAUUGUGUUUUGGUUUGCUGUUGUAAUGACUUUAAAAUAAACUAAAUUCUGUGCAGAACA